AAUACUGUUUGUACUGCUAAUAAUGAACGUUAUUGUGUAUGCUAGUUUAAAAGCUGUGUUCCCAUUCAUUUGCAUUUAAAUCAGGGCCCCAUAGAAAAGGCUUAGCCCCCCUUUCAUAAAUCCUUAGCUCCUGCAUGAUAAUCCAAUGCGAGAAACUUUUAUUAGGAUUCAGUUGGGUUUUUGGACAUGCAAACUGGUCAGUUUGAAUGGAAAAAGUUCGUUAAUAAUAUAGGCAUUUGUAGCUUUUUGGGAGCUAAAGCGAACGAGUAUUGAAUAUAAAUGCUAAUAUUAAUGACGGAAAUAUGUCUUAUGUGCUGUCAAGUCAGUGUCGACUCUGGUCACCAUAUAGACGGCAUUAUACAGAAUACCCUGUCUUCUGUCUGAAUCUCCAAACACGACUACUUACUGUUCGUAUAUAAAGCACUUCAGCCAGCUUUUAACAUAAACUCUCUAGGUUUACAGUUCUACAGUGCAAUAAAGGGUUUAAUGAUGUGUUGCACGAUAAAUGGGAGUAUCAAACUAUUUCCAAUUCGGGAGUGUAGCAUUCAGAUCAAAGUCGUGGAUAAUAACGUUACCUUUAUUCGUAGAAAUACGGUAACAAGACUAUGACGUAGAGACACACCUUCAUUCAUGUGUUUGGCCGGUACCGUUUCGGAAGGUCAUCUAUCGCCGAGCAAUGAAGACCCAGUUCUCCUAGGAUCAAAACAAGUCCGGCAAUUCAAAUAAGGAAGACCGUCGCACUGCCAGUCAUGUCGUCUGGCCCGCAGGGAAACUGUGCGCCACUGAACUCCGCUGACUUGAAGAAAACGGAGUACAGGACCACGGAGAAGAAAUGCUCCUGGGCCUCCUACAUGACCAACUCCCCCACUGUCAUUGUGAUGAUUGGCCUGCCGGCAAGGGGGAAAACAUACAUGGCCAAGAAGCUAACACGCUACCUCAACUGGAUCGGUGUGCCCACCAAGGUGUUUAACCUGGGUGUGUACCGGCGAGAAGCGGUGAAGUCUUACAAAUCCUACGAUUUCUUCAGACACGACAAUGAGGAAGCCAUGAAAAUCAGGAAACAGUGUGCUCUUGUUGCUCUACAAGAUGUCAAGUCCUACCUGAAUGAGGAAGGAGGUCAGAUCGCUGUGUUUGAUGCUACAAACACAACGAGGGAGAGAAGAGACCUGAUUCUUUGCUUCACUAAGGAAAAUGGCUACAAAGUGUUCUUCGUAGAGUCAGUAUGUGAUGACCCAGAAGUCAUUGCUGCCAAUAUCCUGGAGGUAAAGGUGUCCAGUCCUGACUACCCAGAAAGACACCGAGAGCGUGUCAUGGACGACUUCCUUAAGAGAAUCGAGUGCUAUAAAGUUACAUACCAACCACUGGAUCCUGAUGAGUAUGACAGGGAUACCUCCUUCAUCAAGGUGAUGAACGUGGGCCGCCGAUUCCUGGUCAACCGGGUGCAGGACUACAUCCAGAGCAGGAUCGUCUACUACCUGAUGAACAUACACGUACACUCUCACUCCAUCUACUUGUGUCGGCACGGCGAGAGCGAGCACAACGUGCAGGGCCGCAUCGGCGGUGAUUCCGAGCUGUCCCUGCGCGGGAAGCAGUUUGCACAAGCUCUCCGAGUAUUUAUUGAGGAGCACGGUCUCUCAGGUUUGAAGGUGUGGACCAGUCAGCUGAGGAGGACCAUCCAGACAGCUGAGGAGUUGGGAGUUCCCUAUGAGCAGUGGAAGAUCCUCAAUGAGAUAGAUGCUGGUGUUUGCGAGGAGAUGACCUACAAGAUGAUUGAGGACACCUUUCCAGAGGAGUUUGCCCUGCGGGACCAGGACAAAUACCACUACCGCUACCCAGGAGGCGAGUCCUACCAGGACCUGGUGCAGAGGUUGGAGCCAGUAAUCAUGGAACUGGAAAGGCAGGAGAAAGUGCUGGUCAUCUGUCACCAGGCCGUGAUGCGCUGCUUGCUAGCUUACUUUCUGGACAAAAGUGCCGAUGACCUGCCUUACUUGAAAUGCCCCCUUCACACAGUCCUCAAGCUCACACCAGUGGCCUAUGGUUGCAAAGUGGAGAUGUUUCACCUGAAUGUAGAGGCGGUGAACACACACCGCGAUCGCCCUUUUAACAAAGUCCGGAAGGACCCUGCACCCGUCCUGCUCCGCCGGAAUAGUUACACACCCCUGUCCAGUCACGACCAGGUCAAGCGACCCCGGCUCUACAGUGCCGGAAACCGGCCCUGGCUGCCCCUUGCCCCCUCCCCGUCGACCCUGCAGUUCCCGGAGACACCAGAGGGGGCGAUGCUGCUGCAGCAGAGUGAAGAAUCGAUCUGCGAGGGAAUCGACUGUGACAGCCAGGAAGAAGCUAGUGACUGUGUCCGCUUUUGAGUAGGAAGGUGCAGCAGGGUUCUUUUUCUCUGAAAGCCCCACCCCCUGCUGUCUCCCAGCCCAGGACCUGGAGCACUUUGGAUCUGUCUGCUACAUGUCUUCAGUUGCACUGCAUGUCCACUUGUAUGUAUGUAUAAAUUUCUGAGCACCAAAAAUCUGAAUAAUUAUGUGCAUUGCUUAUAAGCAAUGCCUGUAAGUAUAAAUGUCUCAUUUAAUGUUCAUUUAGUAAAGGAAAUACUUGUGAGCUUCAAGUAUGUUUAAAUUCAUUUUAAAACAUCCAUGUUUCCUAAUUCACAGCGACUAUGUACUAUAUAAGUGAUAUGGAAGAUGGAUUUCUAUGUAUAGUUUAUUAUAUAAAAAAAACACUUUGCAUGACUAAUAUGAACCUUAUAAAACAUACAGCUUUUUAAGUUGGCAAAUUGACAUUUUUUAAAUAUAUAUUUAAUGAAAAGCUUAAAAUGCAACUCUGAAUAUAGAUUUUAAAACAGUGAACUAAAUAUUUGAAACUGUAAAUGACUCACAAGCAAUUAAAACAAACCUUGCUAGAUAAUUUAUUUUUCUCUGUUACACAAAUUUGGUACAAAUGUACAUAGUAAUAACUUAGCUUUAAGGUUUGUGAAUGAAUUGGCAUUUUGGCAUCCUGUACCCCAUGAACGAAGAAACUGAAAUGAAUGAUCACACAGAUCUUUUUCUUGCACCACUGAAUGAGUGAUAUAAUGGUAGGAAGGUGCUGCAGGGUUCUUUUUCUCUGAAAGCCCCAUUCCCCCCCUACUGGGUCGCGGGGGGUCCGGAGCCUAUUCCGGAAGCAAUGGGCACGAGGCAGGGAACAACCCAGGAUGGGGGGCCAGCCCAUCGCAGGGCACACUCACACACCAGUCACUCACAUAUGCAAACCUACGGGCAAUUUACCAACUCCAAUUAGCUUCAGCAUGUUUUUGGACUGUGGGGGGAAACCAGAGGAAACCCCACGACGACAUGGGGAGAACAUGCAAACUCCGCACACAUGUGACCCAGGCAGAGACUCGGACCCGGGUCCCAGAGGUGUGAGGCAACAGUGCUAACCACUGCACCACCAUGCCGCCCCUAAUACAGAAACUAAAGUAGUUUAUAUACUGGUAUGAACACCGUUAGCUCUAUUAUGUAUUUAUACAUUUGUAUAUACUUUAAGUAUGUUAAAGAUGCAAAAGUAGUUUUAAACAACAUAGAAAUUGUUCUUAAGGACAAAGAUGAAUGGAGGCAGUUGGAAUGCAUAAGAACCUUUAAUGGAAGGGAGCAUCACAAUCAGAAUAGUCCAUCCCAGUUUUGGUUAAUUAACAGGGCAGUCCACAUCAUGGGGUACAGGAUGCCUGUAGAAUCACAUCAGUUGUUUGCUCUGAAUCUGUGCCUUAGGGGCAACAUUUCUGAAAGCCUUAUCUACUUCAGCUUUGAGACUGUGCAUAUGUUUAAAAGUUUGAUAGAGUGUUUGUUCAGCCUGCUUGCGGGAGGAGACCUAAAAGAGGACUGCGUUACUGAUCCCAAAGCUCCUUCACAGGGAAGGCCACUGCAUUUCAGUCUACUGUAACGUGCUAAUGAAUGUAUUCCAAAACCAGCUAACGCACAAUGUACGGUUUCAUAGUAGUGUGCUGCUUUUCAAUCAGCAAAAUGAUGCCUUGUUCAAAAUUGAGUAAAUAAUGCUAAAUGAG